UAUUUUUUAAUAUUCUUAUAAAAUGUUAAAUAACUGUGCACACUGCACUGAAAUAACAACUUAUACAGAAAACAAUUAAAAGAGAACCUUCAAACUGCCGUUAACUUGCGUACAUUAUGGCAUCACAUUUGAGCACCCGAGAUAGAUUGCUGUCGCUGAUCGAUGAUAUAGAACUAAUAGCUAAAGAAAUGAUAGAAGUAGCAAUUGCUCCUAAAUCUCAGAAACUCUCAGCGGCUGAUCAUGCACAGUUAACUGAUCUUCUACUUUCUAAAGAUCAAGAGUUAAAGAAAACUUUAGAAUUAGCUGAUGAGCAAGCAAAAAUUCAACAGAAAAUGAAUGAAUUGAAAGCUGAAGUAGACAAUAAGGAUCAAGACAUAUAUCAUUUGCAACGGCAACUAAAAGAUGCAGAACAAAUAUUGGCUACAUCAUUAUAUCAAGCUAGACAGAAGUUGGCAUCAAUUGUGAAAUCAAGAAAGAGGCCUGUUCCAUCAGAAGAAUUGAUUAAGUUUGCGCAUAGGAUAAGUGCGUCAAAUGCAGUCAGCGCGCCACUGUCCUGGCAGCCGGGAGACCCUCGCAGGCCUUAUCCAACUGAUCUAGAGAUGCGACUGGGAAUGCUCGGAAGAUUAUGUGAUUUGCCUCUCAAUGGUCAUGCACCGUCCACUCUUAACGAUCUUCAUAGAAUCACUACAGGAGGAGUGCCUGCGUCAGCCACAAAUCAAUUCACAUGGCAUCCGUCAGGCGAGUUACACAUGUCAGUGGGCGGCGGGAACUCGGUCGCUAUCGACGGACGCGGGAAAGAUGCGCCCGCACAAGAGGACGUCGAAGUUAUGUCCACGGACUCGAGCUCGAGCUCCAGCAGCGAUUCUCAAUAGUUAAUGAUGUAGAGUGAAUGGUUAUGAAUGAAGAAUGGGAAUUUCGUGUUUAAACGUUGAAAAUGUGUAUGUCAAGGUAUUAAAAAAGUUUUUGAAAAUUGGUCUAAUUGUCAGAGAAAUUGGUAACAUCCACAACUUUGAAGACGGUUAAAAAAUUGUCCAGAAAAUAUAUUAUAAUUACCUACCUAUUCAAAAUAGAUAUACUUAGAAGGAUUUAUUUUACUUUGAAAUUAAUUUGCCUGAUCAACUUGUACAGUUUAGUAGUUCUAUAAUAAUAUGUUGUAUGAAAACUUCAUUCGUGAAAAUACCUCAGUAGUAAAGGAUACUAAACUUAUCAAUAAUCCUAUAAAAUAUUUGUAUAUUCCAAUCUAUUUUUACACAAAGUACUUUCCUAAGCUUGAAUAAACACACAAAAUAAUAUAAAUAAGUAAAUUAAUCAUUUAAACUAAAUAUAAAUCAACUAUUGUUAAAAAAAAACUUAUAAUUACAUUUGCUAAUAUUUUAUAAGCUUUUUUUAACAAUAACUUCAUCAAACCUUUGUUUAUCUACCAUUCAUAUCAUCGAAAAUAUUCAAGCGUUUCAAAGUAUUUGUAAAUUAAUUAUUUGCUUAAGUCGCACCCGUUGCUAAGUGUGUAUGCGUGUAAUUGGAUGUUUGUUAAGUGCAGUUUGUGUAUAUUGAUGAUACACAAUAUGUAGUAUGGUAGGCGUAAUUAUGAGAAAUAAAACAUUUUUUACAUAAA